UUGCUAUUUGUUUUUGGUCGUUUGGUGCACAUAAAUUGACAUUUCAAAUGCAUUAUGAAUGUUGUAAGUGGGUCAUGGUUUGUUUGUGUAAAUGCCACUGGAAGGUUUUUUUUUUUUUUUGGGUCUCUUUUGCAGCAGAUUGACAGUUCUGGAAAGAGACACAUUGCUGAAACAUUAUUUUUAUAACAUGUGCAUUAUUUAAGGUUUUCAUGAAGUCAUCUGGAAGUUGAGUUGUGGUAUGUCCAUUUGCAGCACACUCUGCUUUCCCACCCCCAGCCCCCGGCUCUUUCUCUUAGAACUUACGCACUUCUGAAUUCAAAAUUAUGGAUUAUUCUCUCUCACUCUUUCUCUGCAGACUGUUUCUCAAUUCUUACCAUAGUCGUCGCGGCUUGAUCAACAGGGAACCUGGCAAAGUUCUGUUGGUUCCUUUCCAUUAAAAGUUCUUUCAUUUUAUGCUAGUGUUUGAGGAAUGGAAUUUUAUUCUAGGUGAAUGAGGAGACAAAUUGUAUAAAUAGUAUAUGCUUUGAGAAAAUUACAAAUUGUUGAAGCAUAACUCAAGCAAGCAUCAUUUCUGUUAUUUUGCAGUAUAACUUUUUAUCAUCAUAAAAAUAGAGUACAACUUAAAAAUGAUAUUUGAAUCCAUUAUAAAUAUCGUGUUUUAACUUCCUAAAACACUUCUUCAAUAUAGAGAAUUGGUUAAAAUUUGAAUUGAUAUAUCUAAUAAAUCUUCAUCUUAUCAACUAUAAGAUUGUGAAUUUGAUGAAUAUAUACUAUUGGUUGUCAAUAUAUUAGUAGUAUAUCAUUAGUUAUUGCAUGUGGUUUUCCUUAUUUUGAAACAUAAUAUGUACUUUGAGGACCAUUUGUUAUGUCUUUGAAUCAUUGUUUAGUUUGUCCUUUAAAUAUUUGUUAAAAAACUUGUAGCAUUGAAAAUUCUUCAUAUUUACAACGUUGAGUAUAACACCUGCUCAACAAUGCAGGAGGCUAAGAUGUCUUUGUGGCUUUACAGAUGUUCAUGUCAAUGUUUAUAUUUUGAGUGAGGUUAUAUAUAUCAAUUUUCUCUCAUGAACAAAUACAUCCUCCCUUAGUUAUGUAUCACCUGGCACUGCAUACUAAUUUGAUUUUCUGUUGUCUUGUGAUCCACAUUGAUGGAUGUGUUAAUGGUUGUACUGGACUGUUGGCAGUGGAAGUUGCAUUUGUCUUAUAUUUUUUCAUUUGGACACGUGGAAAGAAGGCAGUGAUUUAUAAUUUUUUGUUUACAAAGAACAAGGGUGGUUGUAGGGGGAAAAGAUGAGAUUUGGAAACACAUCAAAGGGUCAGAGAAUUAGAGCAGACAAAGCAAGUUCAAUAGCCCCAAACCCCUAUCCAAGGAAACGGGGAAUUUGUUGAAAGAUUGUAACGGGGAAGCAAUGAAAACACCUUAAGAAUUGAUAGAUAAGAGUAGUGUUGCUUCGGAUUGACAGGCCAAAGCAACAGCCCUCCGUGUCCUUUUCUAAUUCAUUUUUGUUUAACUUGCUUCCAUGAUCCUUAAAUUCCUUUAGUUAUCUAAUAGAUUGCACUGCAAAGGUGAAGCACCUGCACUGUCAUCCGAAACAAUUGACCAUUGACCAACCACUUGAGAUGGCUAACCGAAGGUGUAAGUAACAAAAGUCUUAAUUAUGUUUUGCCAAAGUUUUCCUAUUUGGUUUGUAUUGUAAAUAUUAAGAAAUGUAAUAUUCUUUAAGAGAAAUUUACAAAGCACGCAAAUGCGUUAUUCUAAUUUAAUUUUAUAAUUAUUACAUUAAAUUUGUUUUACUUUAUUUUAUUUAGUUCCCAGUAUCAGUUUUACACCUUAGGAAUGUAUUUUGAUUAUACCAUUUUAUGAUUCCGUCAUUCAUAUAUACUGUAGAAAUACAUUUUCUAGGGCCUUUGUUAAUUCAGUUUUUAAGCUUUAAAAAAAAAAAAGAUUGCAUUUUAUCUUAGAGGACAUCUAGAAGGGCUUACAGAGAAUUUAUAAAAAUAUCUUAUCACUAAAGCUCUUUUCACUUUAUUCUAAUAAGUUUUUUUGAUCAAAUUCAUGCCAUAAAGACUUCAUAUGAAAAGAGUGCCUUAGUCAAUUAGGUUUCUAAUAAUAAUCUGUUCAAAUGGAUUUAUUUCCAGCUUACAGGGUUGUCCCUUGGCAUUGUUUUUAUUUUAUUUAAUAGUAUUGUUUUUUCAUUACUGUACUUCUGUGUCUACAAUAACAGCUUUUAAAUGUUUUCAAUCCCCAAUUUUUUAUGAAAUUUUAUUCUUAAUUCUCUAAACUUUUGCAUGGCAGAGUCAGAAUAAAGUUUAGGUCUCAUUGCAGCUUUUUCUGAAUGAUCUAGAUUGUGCUCACAUAGUAUGUGCAACUAUCCUUUUUUGUUGUACAGAACAUGUAAUUAAAAUAUUUCCACUCAUAUGAUGCCUGGCAAACUGUGAUUGCUCUGAAUGCCUUUCAAAUGUUGGACGGUAAUACAAUAGGUUUGAGGUUUUGCAACUGGCACAUCUGAAGCAGAAACUUUUUGUUUUUCGGUUUUCAUAAUUAGCAUUCUAAGAUUUAUAUAAAUUUAAUGUAUGAAGUAUAUUACAAGAGUAUAUAAUAUACUAGUCAUGGGUUAGCAUCGUCAAACAAAAUGUCGGGAAAUUUAAUGUAUGAAGUAUAUUACAAGAGUAUAAGAAGUAUAUUACAAGAGUAUAUAAGGUUGCUUGUUUAAUCUUGUUUUACCAACUGUUAACAGCGUGGAAAUUCAAACCCAACCGAAUUUAUAUUUGUUAUUAAAAAAAGUAGACAGAAUUCAUACAACGUACAGCUUAUAUCGUUGGCGUUUGAUUGAUUACCCAUUUCCUAGCUUGGAAUAUUUAACCACCUGCUUGCAUUUCUUGUUCAUCGGCUAAGUAUUAUUUAUUUAUUUUUGUUCUGGGCAGGGGGUUAUAUUAUGGUCUUUUGUUCGUAUAUAAUUAAACUUUGUAAUAAUUCAACUAUUCGUCAUGGACAAUAUUAUGUACUAUGAAAUUGUUGAUUGUUCUCAAGUCAUCGCUGUCAUGUAAAUGUACAACUCGGUGUGGAUUGUGAUUGUGCUUAAUCAUUUUAUUGAAUUUGUAUUUUAAAUUUAUAAAAUGCAAACGAUUACAAACAUCAUUAUUAAGUGGUGAAAUUUUUACUUAGGAAAAUGAUAUAAUACAGAAACUCUUCUAGUAAAAGCUGUAAUGAGUUUAGUGUAUGAGCAUAAUACAAUUUUAAACAAAAAGUCAGCUCAAUAGUAUAUUUUAUGAAAUUAUAACUGAUAAGAUGCAUAUAGGAUUGAUUGAGAUUCACAAGUAUCAAAUUGAUGCAAGUUCGGACCUGCAUAGACGGGACAAAUUUGCCAUGACACAGUAUAAAGGAAGGGAGUAGGAUUUAGCAAUGCAAGUUUCGUAUUUUACCUUUUAAAAUAACAUAACGGCUAAGAUUCGCAGUUGUUGAGAAGCUUAGUCCAUAUAAGAAAAUAUAUAUGCACUAGACUAGAUCUAAUGCUUAAAAGUGAGGAAAGGAAGAUACCAAACCUUCAAGCCAAAUAGAAUCAAAGAAUUCAAAUUUAAUUCCCUCACUGCAUAAGCUUCUCAAGGCCAAACCUUUACACCUUCCCACAACAAAAAAUUGACAGAGAAUCAAGAAGCAUGUUUUAGUCUCUGGUUCAUGCGGUUUCUCUAUGGCCACCACUAUGCCUAAAUUGAAGAGAAAAUUUGCAUUGGGUACACAUGGCGGCACCCGCCCAUUAGUGUGGCUAGUAGCCAUUAUAUGCACCAUCUUAGCCGUAGCCGUGAUUGUUGCUGGCAUUGUAGUGUUCAUUGGUUACAUAGUGAUCCACCCAAGGAUGCCCAUCAUCAGUGUCACUAAUGCUCAUCUUGACUUUCUGAAAAAUGAUUAUGCUGGUCUUUUCCAAAUCCAACUCAACAUUGUUGUGACUGCAAAGAAUGGGAAUGCCAAGGCUCAUGCAACCUUUUCUAAAAUUACCUUCAACCUUAGCUACCAAGGCCAAGACUUAGCCGUGUUGGUUGCAGACCCAUUUGAGGUGCCCAAAAACAGUUCGAAGGACCUCAACUAUUUUAUUCAAUCAUCUUCUAUACCAUUAAAUCCAGAUCAAAUGGAGGAAGUGGAUGAUGCAUGGAAACGAAAUGAGAUUGAGUUUAAUUUCAAAGGAGGUGCGAGGACUCAGUGGAGGGUAGGGCCUUUGGGCUCUGUUAAGUUCUUGUGUCGUCUGAAUUGUGACCUCAAGUUCCGCCCCUUGAAUGGGACUUACAUACCCUCGAGGUGCACCUCCAAAUCAAAAUGA